AUGAACGCUUCAAACCCCGCCAUGGUACUUGUCCGCGCUCCCGAAGAAGCAGCCUCCCGAGAGAACGCCUACGACUAUGUCCUUUUGUGCGUUAAGGCACUACCGGAUGUUUACGACCUUGCAGCCGUCAUAGAAUCUGUCGUCACCCCCCAGCAUACGUGCAUUCUCGUGAAUACAACCAAUACGCUUGGCGUGGAGUCUCAGCUGGAGCAGCGGUUCCCUACUAAUGUUGUCCUUUCCCUCGUUUCAGGCGUGGAGAUUUCGCAGACUGGGGCCAGCGAGUUUGAACAUUUGAACUCCUCAGAUAUCUGGGUUGGUGCAACAAACAAGAAUUCUAACAUCCCGUCGUCUAUCCAAAAUGACAUGGCGGCUGCUCUAGCGAUGACAUUGAGCUCAGGACAGGUCAAUUGCAAGGUAUCUAACAACAUCAGGCAGGAACAGUUUGAACGCAUGAUAGGACCGAUCGCGUUUCAGCCGGCGAGUGUUAUGUUUGAGACUUCAAACCAUGCCCAGCUCUUAGAGAAAAUUGGGGUUCGACAACUGGUGACGGGACUCAUCGAGGAGCUCAUUGAUCUCGCAAAAUCACAGGGAUGCUCAUUCCCAAGCGAUUUUGCUCAGAAAACGAUCGAGAAAAUGACCGCCAACGAAUCAGCCAGCACAAUGUACCAGGAUUUCCAGUCACGGCGUCCUAUGGAGAUCGAAACGUAUCUCGGGUCCCCGAUCAAGCUGGCCACCGAGUCAGGCGUGCGAGUCCCACGCAUUGAAACCCUUUAUGCUGCACUCCACCACAUCAACACGCAAAACCUCAACAACAAAACCCGCACCAACGAGUCGUCCCCUCCUCCCGUAUUAGCCCAACCGCCACCAAGAAUGUCCUCUGCGCCUCCUCCCAGAAAUGGUCCUAUGCGUCCCCACCCGGGUGGGAGAACAAGCUCCGGCAUGAUGAUGCCGCCUGGACGCCGCGGACCUCCUAUGCCUAUGCCGGGAAUGUCAAGGCCACCCAGCGCACAACCUAUCCCUCAGUCAGCCAGAUUGCCCCCUCGCGAGCCAUCCCUCGAGGGACUGGAGGAGUUCAGCCAUCUUGUCGUAUAUGAUGACGUUGCGGAAGGAGGAGUGCCCCACCAGAAUGGCAGCAAUGGCGUUCACGAUAUGCUACCGGGGCCUCCCCCUGCGGGUGCAGAGCUGGCCAUCAGAGAGCGGGAACUAGCGCUCCGCCAGCGGGAGCUGCAGCUUCGGGAGCAAGAGAUGGGCAUGCGCCGUGGUCCCCCCCGAAGGGCACCUCCUCCCAGAGCACCAGCGUUUGAUGAGGACGACGAAGAUGACUACUUCGAUCCAAUGGAUACCAGUUUGGUUCCCCAGAUCAACCCGGAUAAUGUGGACAUGAUGAGCAUUACCUCGCGGAGGACAAGAAAGGCUCCCAGUGCCAGCCAGUUCCGCAAGAAUCCCGAGAUCAACCUUAACGGCAGACCGCAAUCCUCCUUCAGCCGAUACCUACCGGGAAGGAAGCGCGCCAGCGAUCGAAUCAUGCAAGAGAUUCCCGGUCUGCAUGACUCGCUUAUGGACAACCCCAUGAUGGCGUACUCGUCUAAUCGGUACGGAGCUGUCGACCGCAAUCAGAUGCAGGCUGGGUCCCGUGCGAACUCCAUGACAGCCAGCAGAAUGGGCGAUUACCCGCCGCACCCCUACCCGCAGAGCAGGAGAAACAGCCAGUCUCCUGCAACUCCGUACGGUAACUCUGGCCCGCGGAUGGGUCGGCCUCCAACUGCUCAAGAUCAGAGUCAUGGCCCGCCUGGUCCUCACGGCGGUCAUCCGUCCCCUCCGGGAAACAUGCGAGCGCCUGUCCCGAGAUAUCCUCCCGGACAAGGCAAUGCGGUAGGUCCGCAGCAAGUUGAGCAACAUUAUGGGGUGAGCAACCCGCAUCCCGCCAAGGGCACUCCCAAGCAUAGAAGUCUGACUGGAAGUGCGAGCGCCAGCGCGGAGAGUGGUGAUAGCGGGGCCAGUGCGAACCUUGACUCUGAGGCUUCUGCCCAUAGCAGCCAGAUCAGCCUCGGUGGUCAACAGGCCGUGAUGCCCGUCCGUUGA